AUGAUAGAUGAUAAUGACAUUGAUGAUAUUUCAUUACCAGGAAUUAUGAAAUUACAUUUACCAUUGAAACAACAUCAUUUAAGUGAACCUCAAGAAAGGGUUCAUGGUCAAUAUGAACCUUUAAAUGUAAUUGAAAUAAUCUCAGAUAAUGAUAUUGAACAAUAUACAACAACAAGACUCUUUCAAUCUCAACAACAUCAGCAACAUCAAUCAUUAACAAGAAACCAAAGGAAAAAUAGAAAGAAAUGA